AUGAGUGGGUUGGGGCCUCAUUUGAUUAAGGAGUGCUUGACAGCCUCGCUCCAGGACGGGAUGGAUAUUGCUCGUAUUCAGGCCUAUGCCAAUAAUUUGGAGAAACAGCAGCAGCUGCAGAGGGGCAAGCAUGAUUUUGAUAAAAGGAACAGUAGGAGGGCCAGAUAUUCUGGUGCUGUUAGCGAGUUCAGGGUGAGUCAAAGGCAGCAGUAUUCCAGACAUUUAAGCCAAUCAGUGGCCAGUGCACCUCCUCGAUCUACGGGCAAGAGAUUUGAUCAUCUUAUUUAUUCUGGAUCGUGCCAGAGCUCCAGAAUUUUAGGUUUCCAGUAUAGGGAUGAUUCAGGCUGGGUGAGACCACCUUCACCCCAUCGGGUUGGUCAUAUGAUGUGCAAUUUUCCAUUGAGGAAUAGCAGAGAUAAGGCUCAGCCCAUAGGAUCAGCGGUUGGUUCUUCAUCAUCACUACGCCCGCUGGUGCAAGGUUCGCAGGUGUCAGCAGGUCUUGGUAGAGGUAGGGGAGGAGCAUCCAGUUCAAGUGGUCCUCAAAAUCGUAUCUAUGCACUAGUUGGACGACAGGAUUUUGAGACCUCCCCCGAUGUUGUCACAGGUAAAUUAUUAGCAUUCUCUCAUGAUGUAUAUGUGUUGAUUGAUCUGAGUUCUACAUUGCUAUGUGUUAUCCCUUAUAUUGCUGGUUAG